GAGCGCCCCUUUUCUUCGUUUCUUCUUCGAUUUUUGAUGUUCUUCCGCAUCUUUGUUCUCUGUUUUCUUCCCUGCGAAGAAUUUCCCGCUCUUCGCGGUCCUGGGUGCUUCCCUCCAGCUCUCCCGUUCCCUCUCGACAGAGCUCGCGCUACCUUCCUCAGAGCCAGCGCAUGCCUACAAAGGACGUCUUUUUUGUUCUCGGCGUGAAGUCUCCUUCUUUGUCGCUUCGUCUUCCCCAGAAGCAGGCUCUAGGUUCCUUGUCUCUCUUCGCUGUCGCUGCCUGUCCUUUUCUCGCGGGUCCUGCUUUCUCCACGGUGCCUCGCACACUCCUCCCUUCCGCCUCAUGGAACGAGACGAGAAGUGAGUCGCCCGUGAGCUGGGCUAAGAACAUCUCUCGGCAGUUUGCUGGCCACCUUCCAUUUGAAAUUGGAGGCCUGACCACUGCUUGCCAAGGACUUUCCUGCCUCUGGGGCGCCGCAAUGCAGCUGCUGUUUACGUGCUCCUGCACUGGACACGGAUUAUACACUGCAAGACUUCCUCAUGCGUCUUAGCAGUUAACAGAGGCCGAUGUGCAUCAGACGCGUCUCCCGUUAGAGACUUUGCAACCCUCACGUCUUGUACGGCUUCUGUUUUGCGAGAAGCAACUGACGCUCUCUCUCCCUUCUCUAGUUCCUAGGUUGCUUGUCGCCGUGCUUUACUCCCGAAUUCGAAUUCCGCGUUGCUUUUCUCGUGUCUCCGCUGCCAGCUCCGACAAAGUAUUUCUCCUCUUCCCUUCUCAGUUCGCAUUCCAUCCGCCAUCUCUCUGUCUUGCUUUCUCUGCACCAGCUGUCUCAUUUUUCCGUCUCUCCAAGAUGGCUAACCUCCCCCAUUUGGACGGGUCCGUAGCGGGGCUGUCGGCCCCUGCGGGUCGAAGUGUCUCUGGACAGGUGUCUCCUGCGGACGAGGGAGGUUUUAGCGCUGAUCGCGAAAAGGGCACGAGCCUGCAUGCUCACACAGCGGUCCGGUAUGCUGCGCCCAGCAACACCUCGCGAGGGAAGUUCUUGCGGACGCUGCCAGUGCUGUUCGUCCUCUCUCUGGUGAGCUGCAUUGUCCUGAUCUACGUCACGCUCCACAUUCUGCCUCUGCUUGGACUCGUCCCCUGCCCACAAGGGGAUCCUGAAUGCGGCGGAGACAGCGAGGCGUUUGCUCGCGGCAUCGGGGAACUCUCAGCGCUCCUCGUUCUCCUCACUCUCCAACUUUCUUCCUUCUGCCUGGCUGUCUUCGUCUCGCCUGGAGGCGUCCCUGACCUCUCUGCAGAGGAAGAAGAACGCGUGCUCCUGCAUCAACCUGCGGAGGUGAAGCGCACCGGCGAGCGCCGCGAAUGCAAAUGGUGUCUGCACUACAAACCAGAUCGGACGCACCACUGCCGAGUGUGCAGAACGUGCGUCUUGAAGAUGGAUCACCAUUGUCCGUGGAUUGACAAUUGCGUCGGAUGGGGAAACCACAAGUAUUUCAUGCUCUCCAUCAUCUACUCGUCUGUUCUCUCCAUUUACGUCGCCGCCACCAUGUUCGAAUCUGUGGCGCGAGCUGUCAACUCUCCCUCUGAAACCUUUGGCGUCUUGUUCUGCCUCCUGUUCGGAGAGACUCUGGACAUCUUCCUCGGCAUCGUCGUCACGGGUUUCCUCGGUUUCCACUUGUACCUCAUGGUGAAGGGAAUGACGACAAUUGAGUUCUGCGAGAAGCAGUUCCGACACCCGUAUGCGGCGGAGCAGCAGUCGAUGUGGAACCGCGGGGCGUGGAUCAACUUCAAUGACGCCUUCGGAUAUAAUCCGCUUCUCUGGUUUCUGCCUGUUGACAAUCGCCGUGGGAACGGGAUGCACUUCAUCCCUCAGCGCCGCUUCGGAUCCGCCAUAUCACAGGACAGGGCGAUCGGCGCCGACGUAGGCAAAGAGUUGUGAAAAAAUCAAAUGCGAAACGAGAAGCUUAGGCGGAGCAAACAGAUCCUUUCUGAUUCCUAAAUAGACGUGUUUUCCUCAAGACCUUCCAGCUGAAGGAACAAGAGUAAAAUUCCUCAAGUCUCCUGGAUCCCAGUUCUUUGGUUGAGCCGCAACACUGCGGGUGAACGAAUCCGAAUCAACACGCAGAGAUCACAUAGAAACUCGAAUGUUUACAGAUGUCUCGAACUUCUCCUGCCUCUGCGUAAGCAUCGAUGCCGGCGAGAGAACGUUGAGUUAUUUGUGAGAUUGUUCACUGCGCAGAGCGCCACAUCGGGUGGGUGGAGAGAGGGGGUUUACAUGAGGAAGGAAAUAUCUGUUUCUGUGGGAUCGUUCAUCACUGCGUGCUGAUGCAGUCGUGCAGACUACACUUUUUAGGACAGCGUAUGAAAAGAAAACACUUGGAGGGAACGUGAGACAAGGGCGAGUGCGUCGGGUAGUGGAAGAGAGUUCACUUGCGCAGAUUCCUGAGCAAAAAGAGGAAGCAGGUGAAGAGAAAAACAUCGAUAUUUUCACAGUCUCUGUACCAUCAUUCUAGGUGGCUUGCAAAAACUGCACGUGCGGGGGGUAACGCGGUGACGUAAAUUUUCACCACAUGUAUUUCUCAUGCCGUCGACCCUAAAAGUUCAACGGAACAAAAUGGUCGGGUGUGCAACUUGAAAGAGAGACCAGAAGAUCAUUGGUGUCUCACAUCUCCUCCUUUUUGAUGUGGAAAAUCUGUGGAUGGCUUUAUGGUUGUGAAUAGAAGCGGCGGAUGCAAGUGAUUUUCUGGGGGUGCUCGCGAGCCAACGUAGUGCCUCAGAAUUAGUCUUGAGCGCUUGGGAGUUCCCGUUCGGCGAGGCGUGACUGCGUGGCUUCUUUCGAUUCUUUUGAAAAUCUGAAAUGCUCAUUUGGCACGAGGUACCUGCGCUCCCAACGGUUCGGCGCAGGUUGUCGCCCAUUCCCCACCUUGCGGAGUCAUAAUGAAGUUCUUCAGAAAAUAAAGGAUGCAUAUCAUGUGUUGUUGUGCUAUCAUUUUUAAAGAAACAGCACUGUAGAUAUACUAACGCUUGCGGCCAAGAGAACGUAUGACUCUCGCAAAAGGUUUUCUUUUUUAAAGAAAGCAGACCGACGUUGGAAGAGGUUCGGAUCCGGCAAUGUCUUGCAAACCUGCCGGAUUUCAACGAUUUCUUUGGAAAAGAGAAGUGAAACAAGAACAGAAAGCGGAUUGCCGACUAGGAUUCCGAUCUUGACGCUGCUGAUUCCAAACACAGCCGGGUACCGAACCAACUCACGCUGAGGAACCACAUUCACGCCGCUACUGUUUCCGGCAAGUUUCCUUCUACGGUGUGAAAAGUUGUUCAUGCAGCAUAAACGAAUCGGCCAGCUUCCAUCCGUCACCUUCACGAGUUGCUGGCUUGCUGGGUGAGGAAGUGCUCCAGUCACGAAACACGAACCGCCGAAGAACUACCAGUAUUUUCAUGUUUACUUGGAAGCCGUAGGCACUAACAAUGCCGCUCAUAGUGCGCUGAAUCACGUCUUAACUUUACGCUGGAGUUUUUUUAAUGUUUACUGACUAGAGAGCAUGGAAACAAAAAUAAUCUAUUGUUUAGCUCCUUUCAUUGAAAUCAAGAGAGCUAAAAGAAAGGGGAAUACCAGAGGUACCAUCCAACGGAAUGAAAGCGCAGACCUGGCAAAAUCAAUGUGUUCGCACGCUGUCACGAAGAUCUGCAUGUAUUUUUGUCCAUUAAACAACCCGCUUCGAUAGGAGUGUAUGCAUAACAUGCAUGAGCUCGUCUGUCCCGUCUGUUACGAUACUUUGGGGGGCUCUAGCUUAAGUGCUGAAGCUUAUCGCUAGGAACGUGUUUUCACCGCUGGCAACACUGUAGGAAGUGAGGUUGGCGU